CGCAAAUUGUAUAGUGAAGACUCUACGUAACGUUAAGGAGGAAUAUUUAGUUUGUUAAUGAAUUUUUUUGUAGGCUUCAAUAUAAAGAUUUUAUUUCGCUGAUUGUAGGAUAAACAUUUGGUAGCGAUACGAAAAUGUCUGCUUAUAGACUCUUAAAAGCGAUGGGUCCAUUGUGCAAAUUAAGUAUAUUAGGUAAACUUGGUCAUACUCGGAACUUAAAGAGAUUCUCCUCUCAAAUGGCCAGCACAGGUGCUGGCAAAAAUCUGCGCACGAAAGUUGUGGAUGAAGUUUUGGUUGUUACACUGGAUGUGCCAAAUGCAAAAGUUAAUUCUCUUAAUCUAUCAUUGAGCUCAGAGUUUAAAUCUGUUUUAAGAGAACUGGAAACAAAUACGUCUGUAAAGUCGGCGGUAGUAAUAUCUUCUAAACCAGGUUGUUUUAUUGCUGGAGCAGAUAUAGACAUGUUAGAGAAGUGUCGAAACGUAGACGAUGCGACAAAUAUCUCGAAAGAAGGGCAAGAGUUUUUUAAUCAAUUGGAAACUAGUAGGAAACCUAUCGUGGCAGCAAUUAAUGGAGUGUGCCUUGGUGGAGGUCUUGAACUUGCGUUGGCGUGCCAUUAUCGUGUAGCCACAAAUGACCGUAGGACAAAGUUGGGCACGCCGGAAGUUUUAUUGGGACUUCUUCCAGGUAGUGGGGGUACAGUAAGGCUCCCAAAGAUUACAUCCAUCCCAAAAGCAUUGGACUUAGAACUUUCAGGAAAACAAGUUUCAGCACAACAAGCAAAAAAAAUCGGUUUAGUGGAUAUGGUGGUGGAUACAUUAGGACCUGGAGUAGCGGCUGCUGAAGAAAACACUAUUGAAUAUUUGGAACAAGUUGCGAUCCAAGCAGCUAAAGAUAUCGCCCAUGGAAAAUUGAAAGUAGAACGUGGGAGUAAACAUGUAACAGAUAAAGUUAUGGAUCUCGUUUUAAAUUUACAGUUUGUCAAAGAUAAAAUAUUUAAUACUGCUAGAACAAGGGUGCUAAAAUUAACAAAUGGUUUAUACCCAGCACCUUUAAAAAUUAUUGAUGUUAUGAAGGCAGGCAUCGACAAAGGUGCUUCCGCAGGAUAUGAAGCCGAACGUAAAGCCUUCGGAGAGCUUGCAAUGACUCCAGAAUCAAAAGGUCUUAUAAGCCUUUUCCGCGGGCAGACUGAAUGCAAAAAGAAUCGUUUUGGAAAUAGAGAUACAGAUGUGAAAACUGUUGGUGUGCUUGGUGCUGGACUUAUGGGUGCAGGUAUAGCCCAAGUAUCGGUAAACAAUGGAUACCAAGUUGUCUUGAAAGAUACAUCCUUCAAUGGGCUUGCACGUGGUGUAGAACAAAUCCAAAAAGGAUUGGACAGCCAAGUGAAAAGAAAGAAAAUCAGCAGAGUUGAAUGUGAUAAAAUAAUCUCGCAAUUAAAGCCUUCGUUGGAUUAUGGAAAAUUUAAAAACGCGGAUAUAGUUAUCGAGGCAGUAUUCGAAGAUUUAAAAGUAAAGCAUGCGGUUAUUUCAGAGCUAGAGGCUGUGGUACCUCCCCAUUGCAUCAUUGCAACAAAUACUAGUGCCAUUCCUAUAAAACAGAUUGCCGAAGGAAGUUUGCGGCCUGAAAAUUUAAUUGGCAUGCAUUAUUUUUCACCUGUAGAUAAGAUGCAAUUACUCGAAAUAAUUACACAUCCGAAAACUUCGAAGGAAACUACUGCUAAAGCUGUUGCAGUGGGCCUUAAGCAAGGAAAGGUAGUGAUAACUGUAAAUGAUGGUCCUGGGUUCUAUACAACACGUAUUUUAUCAACUAUUUUGUAUGAAGGAAUCAGACUUCUGCAGGAGGGAGUAGAGCCAGCUGAUCUUGACAAACUAACAAAAAGUUUUGGAUUUCCAGUAGGAGCCGCUACACUAUUUGACGAAGUCGGCAUUGAUGUGGGUGCUCACAUUGCAGCCGAUUUGGCCAAAGCAUUCGGAGAACGUUUCAGUGGAGGGAAUGUAAAUUUGCUACAAGACUUAGUUCUAGCCGGAUUUUUAGGACGAAAAUCUGGCAAGGGAAUAUUUAUAUACGAUGGUUCAAAAGGAAAGGGUAGUCGCCCUGUAAAUAUGGAUGCGCUUAGCAUUAUGAAACAGAAAUAUUCGCUUGUUUCAAAGGGAGCAAACUCAACUGAAGACUUGACUUUACGCAUGGUAUCACGAUUUGUGAAUGAAGCUGUCCUUUGCCUAGAAGAAGGAAUUUUGGAUAACCCUUUAGAAGGUGAUGUUGGCGCCGUAUUUGGUUUGGGUUUCCCUCCUUUCACUGGAGGGCCUUUUCGUUGGAUUGACCAUUAUUCGGCAUUAAAGAUAGUGAAAAAAAUGGAAGAAUACGAACGUUUAUAUGGUGCACCAUUUAAACCAGCACAAACAUUACUCGAUAUGGCAAAUAAUUCGUCAAAGAAAUUCUAUCAAAACGCAGGGUCGUCUAAGUUAUAAUAUCUCUCAAUGCAAUGCUUUUAAUAUGUCGAAUAAGUUUAUCCGAGGCCUUUAUCUAUUUAGCAUGCUAACAUGCCACAAGUUUUAACAAUCUUUUUUUUUAUACAUUUUCAACGUUUAUGAAAAAUAUAACGAGUUUUUAAGCCUGAAAUGGAAUAUAUAAUAAACAAGUGAAAAUAACCGAAUUACCACUAAAACUUUAAAAUGUGGGUUUUUCAUUAAUUGCAAUCUAUUUUUGUGAAAUACUAACACAAAAUUUUAAAAUAAGCUGGACAGUUGCAGUGAGAGAGUAAAACUUUGCAAUAAAUAUAUUUGCGGCCGACGUAGAUGAACGGCUUUGUGCGCAAUUUCUAUUCGGUAGGGCCGAAACACUGGGGGAAAGAAACAACAAAUGAUAUAUGAGUUUUUUUCUUGGGCGCGUCUCGACAACAGUGUAUUUCUGCCAUUAAAAAGCUCAUCAAAAAAACAACAUCAGUUAGUGAAAGCGCCAUAUUAGUAUAAACAGAAUCAAAUCGGCUAGCGAACUUCGUCAGAGAAAAGUUCGUUGUCAAAAUUAAAACACACUGCAGAAUAUGAGAUUGCACCCAACUAACACGACGCAGUUCAGGAUCGCUGCCAAAUAUUGGCGAAUAAUUAUAAAUAAAAAGAAAUAUUGCAAUGUUGA